CUGCUGGUAGGUUGGUAGCUGGUGGAUUAGUAGCUGAUGAAUUAGUAGCUGGCGGAUUAGCAGGUGGUGGGUUGGCAGGCGGUGGCUUUACAGGCGGUGGGUUGGCAGGCGGGUUAGCAGGCGGUGGUUUUACAGGUGGUGGGUUAGCUGGCGGUGGGUUAGCUGGAGCACUGGGAGAUGGAGUAGGAGGCGUCGUAGUAGUGUCAUCUGUAGGCGCAGGAGCAUCUGUAGAUGUAGGAAUGUCGUCAGUAGGCGUAGGAGCAUCGUCCGUAGGUGCUGGGUCAACUUCCGUAGGUGUAGGAGCGUCAUCCGUAGCUCGCAGUGGUAAACGUCAAAAGAAGUAUGAGACAAAGUAUUAA